AGCCAGUGUGUGAUAUCAACGGCAUGACUGCACCACCCUACAAGGCGACGCAAUCCCACUCUAAACCCCCAUCUCGUCGUUCUCUUUCCGAUUCAGGUCAGUUACGAUGUCCUUCUUCGGCUUCGACACGACCCUUCCCAGGGAUCGUGCUGCCGCUGGGGGGAGGAGGGGUAUAUUUGAGAACCCGGAUCCCUUCGCCGAAGUGGCUCGCGCCAAAGCUGGAGGCCACGACGACGACGAUGAUGCAAUCGAUUUCGAAGAUACCUAUGACGGAUUGGGCGACCAGCUGGACGAAGACCAGGAUGCGUUCAACGAGGACACCUUUGGAGCCGAUGAUGUGGGCAAGGAUUUCGACUUCUUCGGCAAGACCGCACAGGUAUCGGAUGUCCUCAGUGAGGAGCAGUUCCGAUACAGCUUGCAACAUCACAAGCCGAGUCCUGCUCCUCAACAACCUGCUGCUGUGUCUACUUCUACGUCUACCGUGCAGAAACCCAAAAAGACUGGUUAUGAGAAAUACAACGAUCCAGGAUACAUUCCUGAGAUCACGGCCAAGUCGAGCGUAUGGGGAACUACGCCAACACAGAAGUCCCAUGUAGAGCCCCCGCAGGCGGCACCGGCGCCGGCGGCGUCCAGGAACAUGAUGAGCCUGGAGGAGGUUGAAGCUCAGAUGCGCGCGCAAAGUCAACGAGUCACGGCUCCUCAGCCUGCAGUCUCGAUUCCACCUGUUUCUGAGUUGCCUCCUAUGCCGCAGCAUGGCCAACCGAUGCCUCCCAUCCCCUUGGAUGCUUACGCCCAAAUGAUUCCUGAGAGCGUUCGUUUUGAGCAGCAGGCUCAGUUUGCUCGAGGCAUACCGCCUAUGCAGCCCUUCCAAGGCCAUCAGCAGCCGCUUCCAGAACCAUUCCCUGGGUCUGCCGUCCCGCCUCCAGCACCGUUGCAACUCUUGCAGAACCAAGCCAGACCUCAGCAGGUGCCUCAGCAGCGCCACGGUGGUCAUCCACGCGUGUCUCGACAGCCGCAGCAACCGGUAAUGGGACCAAAUGGCCCGUUGCCGGUUAUUACCAACCCUCAGCAGCUGAUGAACCUUCCGGAAGACCAGCGCAUGGCUUAUCUCGUCGAAGAUGCCAAGCGGGCCAAGCGUAACCACAAAAUCUUCCUUCUCUCGAGAGGCAAUGGCUUGAUGACUCCUCAGGACAAGAACUUCAUCACGCGCAUUCAGCUGCAGCAAUUGGUAGCUGCGACAGGAAAUAUGGCCGACCCAGACCCGGAGGCUGUUUUGUCCGAAGACUUCUACUAUCAGGUCUACAGCCAGAUUCGAGGUGCUCCAAGGCAGCACCCUCGCCAACCUCUUGGCCACUUUGCUCAGACAUACCUCUUUCAAACAGGUAGCCGCACCGGUGGUCAUGGCCGGAGGCACUAUCAAAAUGCGGAUAACCACAUGCAGAGGAUGCAGCAACAGGUCCAGCGUGCUGUGGAGGCCGCGAAGCUCAAGCCCAAGAAUAAGCAGUUGAUCAUCGAAGGCAGCUUGGGAAAGAUUUCGUUCAGCAAUGCCAAGACUCCCAAGCCUUUGCUUAAUAUCAAGCGCCCGGAGAGUUCAGAGGGCGUCAAAACCGCGAAGAAAACGACGCAUACGGAACUGAGCCCGAGUGAUCGCAAAUCGAUCCUUAAAAACAUUGAAAGUGUCUACGGAGCUCUGAUGAAGAUGGAAGAUAUGGAACGUAAUAUGCCUCCGCCGCCGGAUGAGAGUGAUCCCGAAGCUAUUUCCCGGCACAUGGAAUGGAGACAGAAGAUUCAGGCUCUCAACCAGAAACUCUGGCAAGAACUGAAGGUCAUGGAGCCCAUCGUACCCGGAUCGGUCACCCCUCACCCGUUCAUCGCGUUCUUGUCAUACUCGAAGGGAAAGAAGGCCAUCCCUCGUAUAUUCCGGCAUAUUGACCAGGAGCAGCGGGUCACCAUCCUUACCAUGAUUGUCGUCCACCUGGACUCGCUCGAUGUGGUGCGCUGGGCCCAGCCCCGGCUUGGUGAGGUUCAACCACCUGCGGCGGUGCGGGAGGAGAUCGAGCUCUUCUCCCAAGCUGUCAUGCCCAGCCUUCUCGGCUAUGUGAGCGAAGCCCCCUUCAACAUUAUCAUCGGUCUAUUGGGCCUGGUCCUUGCCCAGACGCAGGUACAGACCGUGGCCCGAACCAAAGUCGGUCUUGGCAUCCUCACAAUGCUCCUCAGCCGUGCUGAGAUCGUGAAGGAGGCCGGCCAGGCCGAUGAGCGGGAUUGGCAGCAAUGGACCGAGAAAUUCAAUGUUCUCUUCGACACUCUUGAACCGAUCCUGGCUGACAUCUUCCCUGGAUCCAUCAACACUGGGGAUGAUAUGUACGUGUGGCAGUUCCUCGCUGCCGUGGGUAUCGGAGCGAGCCCGGAACAACAGCAGCGCUUGGUUAUCGCAGUCAAGGACCGAGUCAUGGAGACAGUAGCCCAGAGUAAGACACUGCCUGCUGACAUGGCCAGUCAGCGAUUGAGCAAUGUCAACCUCUUCAUGCGGGCCAUUGGACUGGACGUCGAGCUCCUCGGCUAGACCCAUCCUCUAAAUAUCCGGUCCGCGACCUCCUUCAGUCUCCUACUAUCUAAUUAUACGCGCCAUUAGGGCUGCAGUGACACCCAUGACUUAAUCCACGACUGACCGGACGAUGACAUGCGGAAUGAAACCACGAUUUUGAG